AUGGCCGAGUUCCCUGCAUUCGUCAUCCGACUCGUCGCGAACUUUUUUAACCGGAUACAACGACGCUUCAAAGGUUACAUUGCACCGGCCGGAGAACAAGCAAGACCUAUUGAAGGUUUCUACGCAGAGCUUCUAAAGAAACCUGUAUCCGAAACCCCAGCCGCAACACGCACCGCGCCUUCGCCACCGCCGCCUGAUUCCCUCCCCAAGACUACCGAAGAAGAGACUCUCACAAAAGCGAGAAUAGUAUUUGGAUCAAAACUAGCGGGCCCAGCUGAGAGGAAAAAGGAAAUUGAAGCUGCCUCGCACGAGGUUGCGGGCGUUGUUGUCCCACCGAAGCCUACAGAACCAGAUAACUGCUGUAUGUCCGGUUGCGUAAAUUGCGUAUGGGAUUUGUAUAGAGACGAGAUGGAAGAAUGGGCAGCGAAGAGCGCGGAAGCUCGUGCUAAGAUGCAAGCUCAGAGACAAAGCGGUCAAGGGACUGGAAGCAGCAUAGCGAGCAAGGACACGCCCACACAUGUCGCAACGAGUAUGGAUGACGACGGCGGAGGUAGUGAAACGAACUGGUCAGCGCCUGCAAGCCAGGAUGCCUUGUUUGACGAUAUACCCGUGGGCAUACGAGAGUUCAUGAGGACGGAGAAGAAGCUGAAGCAGAAGCACAAGGCAGAGCGUGUCGCAACAGCAUAG